AUGCGCGCCCCGCCGCUGUUGCUGCUGCUGGCCGCCUGCGCGCCGCUGUCCUGCGCCACGGCCGCCCCGACGCCGCCGGGCUGGGAGCCGGCGGCCGACGCGCCCUGGUGUCCCUACAAGGUGCUGCCCGAGGGCCCCGAGGCGGGAGGCGGGCGCCUGUGCUUCCGCAGCCCCGCGCGCGGCUUCCGCUGCCAGGCGCCCGGCUGCGCGGCGCACGCCUCGGCCGGCCGCUCACUGCGCGCCAGCGUCCUGCGCAACCGCAGCGUGUUGCUGCAGUGGCGCCUGGGGCCGGCCGAGGCGCGCCGCGUGCGCGCCUUCGCGCUCAACUGCUCGUGGCGUGGCGCCUACACGCGCUUCCCAUGCGAACGCGUGCUACUCGGCGCCUCCUGCCGCGACUACCUGCUGCCCGAUGUGCACGACGGCGUGCGCUACCGCCUUUGCCUGCAGCCGCUGCCGCUGCGAGCCGAGCCGGCAGGCGCCCCGGAGCCCGCCGCACCCGCCGAGUGUGUGGAGUUCGCCGCCGAGCCUGCCGGCAUGAGGGAGAUCGUGGUGGCCAUGACGGCGGUGGGUGGUUCCAUCUGCGUUAUGCUCGUGGUCAUCUGCCUGCUCGUGGCCUACAUCACCGAGAACCUCAUGCACCCGGCCUUCGGGCGCCCAGGCCUACGCAGGCAGCCCUGAAGCACGAGACGCCUGCCCGCCCGGCCUCUACUUGCCCGACUAGGGCGCAGGAGGCCCGAGCCCUCGGUCCGCUCUCCCCUCGUCGCUCCUGCUCCCUCUUUAGGACCUCCACACAGGGCCUUCUGGAGAUGGAUGGGGCACCGGCCCCUACCAGGGCCUGGAGUCACCGGACGACCUUCCCAGCCGAGCAGCUGACUCCCAGAUUCCAGUUCGGGACUGGCCCUUGGGCCUGAGGAGGGGUGCCAGCCGUGUCCAGGGCUCUCCUCGCUCUCCAGAGGGGCCGUGAGACCACGGAGCCCCUUUUCAGAAGAGCCAUCGGCAGCCCCUGGCCGUCACCCUGCGCCUCCAGCCCGUGCCGAGUUGGAAAAAGCCAGGCUGUCGUCAUGGCUUGGUCACUGUGUACUUGACCAACUCAAGGGCCCUUGGAGCCUGUCCUCUCCCCGCCCCGCCCCGCCCCAGUGGGUUUAGGUAGCUUCGUGCCUUAGUAUCUCGGGCCCAUUGCGGGAGCCAGCCACCCGUCCAGUACUGUCCGAAAGGAUCUGUGGCCCCGAUGCUGGCAGCUUGUGUGUGCUUCUGGCUAAAGACCCCUGGGAACCCUCCCUUCAAGCUUUGCAGGAGUUAUUGGCCUGGGGAAGCAGGGUCCUGCGGCGUUUCCUCGUUUGAGCAUCCGACAGGCUGGAAGCCACGGCUUAGCUCAGCAGGCGGCCCAGCGUUCAGCUGUUUUAUCCAGGAGCUGCUGGAGAUGCUGCUGCCUGCCGGGCCCCUCCGCCCUCUCACCAUGGACUGAAGACUGGCCUCGCCCCUCUGUGGGCACCAAUCACAUGACAACGCCGGGCUCUGCGUGAGCCCCUGACUCUGGCCAUUCUGGACCUGGCACUUCUGGAGUCACUGUGGCUAACUCCUCCCCGCUCACCCCAGCAGCCACCAGUGACCCCCACACCAGCAGCCUGGCUGGUGCCCUCGCAAUGCCCACUCCCUACCUCUCUGCCCUUGCU